UUUCGGUCGUGUCGAUAGGGAACAUUGCUAGUACCAUAGUUUUUACUUAAAUAGCGACUAGAUCGCUCAGUUAUCAUAAAAUGACGAUCCUUAUAAAAAUUGCUGUACUUACGGCAAUAUCACUAUGUUUGUUCAAUUUUGUGAAUAGUGUAUCUCCCAAAGCUGCUCGAGGCGGCCAGCAAUCGUUAUCUGAAAAAGUGCAGCAAUUGCUAGAUAUGAAUACCAAGCGGCCGGUACUGCGGUUCAACGGCAAUAAAUUCCGUGAUUUUGUUAAGUCGGCACCGAGGAACUACUCCGUAGUUGUUAUGUUCACGGCGAUGGCGCCUGCCCGGCAAUGUGUUAUCUGUCGACAUGCUCACGACGAGUACACUAUUGUUGCCAACUCGUACCGUUACUCACAAACGUACUCGAACAAACUGUUCUUCGCCAUGGUUGACUUUGACGAAGGAUCGGACGUAUUCCAGAUGCUGCGUCUCAACACCGCUCCAGUGUUCAUCCAUUUCCCCCCGAAGGGAAAACCGAAACCCGCCGACACUAUGGACAUUCAGCGGGUGGGAGUAUCUGCGGAGGUUAUUGGAAAAUGGAUUCAGGAACGCACUGAUAUCCAAAUAAGAAUUUUCCGACCACCAAACUAUUCUGCGACGGUAGCAAUUCUGAUGUUAACCCUCUUCGUUGGAGGAUUUCUUUAUCUACGACGAAACAACCUGGAUUUCCUGUACAACAAGCAAAUAUGGGCUCUUAUCUCUGUAGUAUUUUGCUUUGCCAUGGUAUCUGGUCAAAUGUGGAACCACAUUCGCAGUCCACCAUUCGUGCAUAAGAGUCAAAAUGGAGGAAUAGCGUACAUCCAUGGGUCAUCUCAAGGGCAGUUGGUAAUUGAAACAUACAUUGUAAUGUUUUUGAAUGCCAUGAUCGUGCUGGGAAUGGUACUUCUAACUGAAGCAGGAUGGCAGAACGACCAUCGCAAGAGUAGACUUACGGCAGUCGUGGGAUUGGUUUUGGUUAUAGUCUUUUUCUCGUUGAUUCUUUCAAUAUUCCGAUCCAAAGCCCAAGGUUAUCCCUACAGCUUCUUAUUUAAAUAAGGAUUGGAAACAACAAAGGACAAGUAGUGUAAAAUUAUCGUAUCAUGGAGAGCACGCGCAGAACAGAUGGAUUUUUAAUUGAAUUUUGUGCAAUCAUUACAAACGAAUCGCAUCUAAAACUAAAAUUGGAAAUAAUAUGGAUUAACUUGUUUAAUUUUGAGCAAAGCAUCAUUAAUUCCCGUUUUCGAUUCCGGAAUGCCGUCGUAUGUUAUUAGUUUGAAUAAGCUCUAGUGAAAAACGUUAACAAUCGACUAGUUCCGAAAUAUUAGGCAAAAUAAAUUGAAUUUCAAAUAACCAUUCCAAUGGAAUGUCGAACAAAAUCCCAAUAUUCUAGUUGCAGUUGAUAAGAUACGCAUGAC